GACAGCGGUGUGAGUUCGCGCACGAUUGUUUCGGUUCGGUUCGGGUGCAGCGCUAACCCAACAACCAACAACCACUGUGUGACCAUCAAUUCCGCCCGUAGGAUCGCCAAAAAUAUGCAAAAAUAUGAGAAACUCGAGAAAAUAGGAGAAGGCACUUAUGGGACUGUUUUCAAAGCCAAAAACCGCGAGACUCACGAAAUCGUCGCUUUAAAGAGAGUUCGAUUGGAUGACGACGACGAAGGUGUACCGUCGUCCGCGCUCAGGGAAAUUUGUUUGUUGAAAGAAUUGAAGCACAAGAAUAUAGUGAGGUUGUACGACGUGUUGCACAGUGACAAAAAAUUGACGUUGGUGUUUGAACAUUGCGAGCAAGACUUGAAAAAAUAUGUAGACAGUCUGAGCGGGGAGAUCGACGCAGACGUUGUUAAGUCUUUCCUGUAUCAAUUGUUGCGCGGAUUGGCGUUCUGUCACAGCAGAAAUGUUCUGCAUAGAGACCUCAAGCCCCAGAACUUGCUCAUUAAUAAGAACGGGGAGUUGAAAUUGGCCGAUUUCGGACUGGCAAGAGCCUUUGGAAUUCCUGUGAAAUGUUAUUCCGCGGAAGUUGUAACGCUCUGGUACCGUCCACCGGACGUUCUCUUCGGCGCAAAACUGUACACAACGUCCAUCGACAUGUGGAGCGCCGGUUGCAUAUUCGCUGAACUAGCGAACGCCGGUAGACCGCUGUUUCCCGGUUCGGACGUGGACGAUCAACUGAGGAGAAUAUUCAAAUUGCUCGGUACGCCGACUGAGGAGACUUGGCCAGACUUCACCACUCUCCCGGACUAUAAACCGUUUCUCUAUCAUCCUCCUCAAGGACUGGCUCAAGUCACGCCGAAACUCAAUUCUAAAGGCAGAGAUUUGUUGCAGAGGUUACUGGUGUGCAAUCCGGCGUUACGGAUAUCGGCGGACGAAGCAAUGGCGCAUCCCUACUUCAACGAUUUAAACCCUGCCAUCAAGAACGAUCGUUGUCAGUAGUGUUCUUAAAGCGUUGUACCGUGGGUAGCGCAGGAAACAAAAUCACGCCGGCAAAGAUCGUUUGUUAAUAUAUAUAUAUAGUAUAUUAUUACUACUGUAAGUGUAUAUUUCGCACUCGACGCGUCACGUCGAUCGUCGCGACGGUGGUCCUGUUUUAUAAGAAUGUCCAAGAAAAAAAUCAAUAAAUUGUCAAUUUUAUCAGUGACGACAAUUUUCUAUCGGAA